UUUACACUACAUGGCGUCUAGCAUUGGCCAAUCUUCGACAAAAUAGUAAACCUGGGAUUAUUUGUACCGGAAAUGGCGUAGACCGAUAACUUGGGCUGAAGGAAACACAAAAAUAGCUGCAACGACGGGGUAAACAAUGUAACAAUUGAGGUAGAAACAGCGCUGCUGUCGUUUGAAGGGGAAGUGGAACCGAUAUAGCUACGGCAGCUAACGUUACCGUUUCUAACUUUACGGCAGCAGAAGCGUGAGGACGGCAGCUACAUGGAACCUUCUGCUGCCAACAAAGCUGCUGCUGCGCCGAGGAUCACAGCCAACUAGGAGCAAUGGGUUGCUAUUAACGUUGCUGAAAAGAAAGAGACAUUCAAAACAAACAUAUGGAGAUCGAGCUGGAUAUACGAGGAAGGAGGUACGGUGAAUGCCAAACGGCAUAACUGCUGUACAUUGCUACACUCCAUAGCUUCAUGGAUGUUAGCGACAGCAACAUUCUUCUCUGUGAAUCCAACGAAAUUCUGAACUAUCUUGAUUUUCAGGCCUUGAGAAAACCUGAACAUGUUUACGCUGUGCCUAGCCGGAAUUGUGCAGCUGUGAAUACGAAGGAGACGGUGUGUCGCCGUAUUGUUAAAGAUAAUCUUUUGACAAAAUAUGGCGAUAAGAAUUGUGGGCAGAUUUGUACCAAAAACGCGAGUGAACAGAGCAGCGCAUUUCCGCCGCAUCCUCGAAUCGUCGACGAUAUUGCUUUGAUUUCAGAUAACUCACACAUCGCAGAAGUCAUGGACUCUUCGGACUUAAUUCCAGGAUCAGUUGGACUGGAUGGUGAUGUAGAGGGGGACACAGACUCAACACGUCCGCCCGCAAGCGAAGUAUUCUCUGGAACUAUUAUGAUAAACAACCAAAGUAUCAUAGUGGCAAUAGAAAACGGGGUCCUGACUGUGGCUGCCCCACAAGAUGGACAUGUGCGCAAAGAGGAUGACAUGGUCAGCUUUAAGGAACAUCUGUGCAUAAAAGACCAUGAUGAUGUUGUUCUUCUCAACUAUGAUAGUGGCACUAAAUCAUUUGGUAAGAUCAGCACGCUAACAGUAUCAAGGACCCGUCAUCAGGAAGAACCCAAAACUAGUUCAUGUGUGAGUGACUCAGAGUUGACUCUGGUGACUGAUUGCUCUUUAUCAGAGCUGGGUAACUCUCUGGACUCCACUUCUUUAACAAAACAAGAGACCAGAGAGCUGUGUGCUGUGACAGAGCCUGAUUUGAUCUCCCUGUCACCCAGAGUAGCAGUCCUUAACUGUAAUAAUGAGGACUUUCGUUGUGUGCCUCCAGUUCGGGCCAAAAAGGAGACUGUUACAUCCUUCUGCUGCAUAGAACCGGGCUGCUCUAGCACAUUCGACUCACGGCAAAAACUCAAAGUUCACCUCCUGAAUCAUGCAGAGGAUCCCCGGCCACAUCAGUGUUCUUAUGACGGCUGUGGUUGGGCGUUUGCCACCUCUUACAAACUCAAGCGACACCUUCAGUCCCAUGACAAGCAGCGGCCACAUAUCUGCCAGUUUGAAGGAUGCGGGCGGCGUUUCACCACUGUAUACAACCUCAAAGCUCACAUUAAAGUGCAUGAGCACGACAACUCCUUUAUUUGUGAGAUUUGCAGUGAGAAGUUUCGUAGUUCAGCACGCCUCGCCAACCACCAGAGGGUCCACUUUGAGCCACAGAGGCCCCACAAGUGCGAGUUCCCAGGCUGUGAGAAGACCUUCAUCACCUUCAGUGCCCUCUUCUCCCAUAACCGCACACACUUCAGAGAAACUGGCCACUUCACCUGCACCUUCCCGGGCUGUAAUAAGACCUAUGACAAGGCUUAUCGCCUCAAGCUUCACCAUAGGAGUCACACAGGUGAGAGGCCUUUCGUCUGUGACUCUCAGGGCUGUGCCUGGUCUUUUACGAGUAUGUCCAAAUUGCUAAGACACAAACGGAAACAUGAAGAUGAUCGUCGCUUUGUGUGUAUGGAGGAGGGCUGUGGGAAAUCUUUUACCCGAGCAGAGCACCUCAAGGGACAUAGUAUUACUCAUCUGGGCACCAAGCCCUUCCAGUGCCUUGCAGAAGGAUGUAAUGCCAGGUUCUCAGCUCGCAGCAGCCUCUACAUCCACUCAAGGAAACAUAAACAGGACAUCAGUACCUUGAGGACCCGUUGUCCUGUGGCUGACUGCACCAAGCACUUCUCAUCUCGCAGCAGUUUAAAGAGUCACAUGCUCAAACACCACAACCUCAGCCAUGAUGUUCUAAACCAAUUGGUGACUAUGCCAACGUUGACGCCAAGCAGCGAGCUCAACAGCUCCACCUCAACCAUCGUUUCUGGACCUGGUGUUGCAGAUAGUGAUCAGCUGACAAACUUGGACCUGACUUCUCUUUUUAACGUCAUGUCUGCUGGAGCCCAACCUACGACAGGUAUUGGAGUGGGAAUUCCUUUGGGCAGUAGCAACACUAAUGGCACCUUUGCCAUGGACCUCUCCCUCGUCAGCUCAGGGAUCCUCACCAUCGAUCCUUCUUCUGUUGGGACUACACUUUGCACCAAUGGUAGCACCACUUUGACCAAAAGUGCAGACCCUCUUAUUCUAGCAGCCGGUGCUGAUAUGGGCCCUCACCACAGUCUGGAGGGAACUGUUGGCCAUCUUUUACCCCAUCAGGGAACCCUGAAUCUAGAUGAUGUGCAGACUGUUAACCCCGAGGCUCUUGGGACUCUUAACGCACUUACCAUGCAAGGUGCUGGUGCCCCUUUAGACACCACUCAACAGCACUCUCUCAGUUCAUGCACAACCUUGACUGCUGAGCCAACCCACUCCAUGGCUGUGGCUCCUGUGACGGAGCUGCUCGCCUCGCCCCCUGCAGGGGUGGAGGUCAAUGGUCAGGGCGGAGCAGGGCCUCUCCUCGGCUGCGUGGAGGUGCUGGGUCCUCCGGGAGGAGGAAAAGUCCUGACUCACUUUGUUUUCCCAACUCAAAGUACCGUAAGUUCCCAAAAAGAGCCUGACCCCAACUCGAUGUCACCGAGCAGCUUACUGGAGAGUGGAGGCUCAGCCAGGACUGACUACAGAGCCAUCCAGUUGGCUAAAAAGAAGAAAAACCAAAAGGGCCCACCACCCUCCUCUGGAGGUUCUAGAAAGACUCUGGAAAAAUCUAAAGGUGCAAAAGCUUCGACUGUUCCCACGCCUGGUGCUCUCCCCGGGGCUCAUUAUGGUGAAGCAGCUUUGACAUCAAAUAGUGGUUUGACUCUGCGUGACCCUGUCAUUGGGGCUCAGUUUGUCCAGAUUCAGUUGCUUCAGGAUGACCCAGCCAGUGAUGGAGAACUGGCCUUCCAGUUGAACUCUCCGCCCACCAGCUCCCAUUCACAGCUCACUUGUGACCUCCCUGCCAAUAUUUUACAGGAACCUUCAGUGAUGACCGAGGAAGACAAAUGCUCCAACAACCCUCGGUUCACAGGAAGCACAAUUAACCUUCAGGACUUGGAAUAGAUCUUUCUGAGCCUCAGGUCAGAGUUCAGCUGCUAUCAUGGACUACUACUACACGUCACCUGUGCCCACUAUUUAUUAAAAAAAAAAAAAAGGUAUAUUGACGUUUGGCUUGAAUUUUCCAAGGUCUUGGGUUGUGAAAAUCUUUUGGACAAUUUUGUAAAGAUUUUCCAUGAUGCAUCCUGAAAGGUAGUAUGAGAUUAUAGGGAAAAGUUUGUGUUUCUAAAGACAGUUUUGUAACGGAAUCAUUUGAAAGCUCUUGCAUGUCAGAGCGACACCUAGGACUUCCACCUGCUCUGCCUUACGUGGGUAUUUAUUGUUGGCGUCAUUGCCAGUCUGGCACACAGUGUUAUGUCUACACUCCAUUUGCCUUAGAGUCACUUAGAGAUGCACACCUACAUAAUUAUGUUUCAUUUCUUUGUGGCCAUUUGAAAUCUUCAACCUAAUUUAUAUUUGUGUUCAUGAUUUAUUGUUCUUUCCUGUUCAUGUUAAAACUUUCAUUACAUUUUGCGUUUCAACCUUCUUGUAACAAUUUGAUUUAUUUAUUUUUAACAUAGGUUUACACAAUGGCUGGACCAAACACAUAUAAAUAAAAAUUCCAGCACAUUAGUCUAUGAGGCAACCUUUGUUUUUCAUCUUGACAAUAUGAAAGGGACACCUUAUAAAGUAAAGUUGAAAUAAUCUGUCAGCUGAAUGAGAAGUAUCAGGAAUACUUACACACAGAUUGUCAAGGAACUCAGCAGGUAGUUGGACUAACUACCUGCUAAGAUCUCUGAAGAUCUGAUCAAAGAUCGUCUGUGAAUAUAAACUUCUUCAAAAUUUUCUUUUAUUUUCUGCAAUAUUUGACACAGUAAUUGGUGUUGGAUUGUGUUAGACCAAUGGCAUCAGUUUCAACAUUUCUUCUAAUGUCAUUAAAAGUAUCUUCAGGGUUAUGAAGAUAGUUUUAAUGACACUGGCAGAAUGAGGUUGAUGUUUCAUUAGUACAGUCUUCUUGAGUCAAUCAGUGAAAUAUCUUAUUUAACCAUUUUCUGGACACUGGUGUGAUUUCUCUGCAACCCAAGUUAAUAUUUCUGAGUGGCCUUUUGUCUGCAAACCAUCCAUAAAGACCAUAUCUGGCCAAAAGACGUUUUCUAAUCACAGGUACAAAGAAAUGUCUUCACAGGUCAUUUCUAUUUGUCUUUUAUUAAUUCCUUUUCAGUUACACAGAACAAAGCUCCAUUUCACAGUUUAUCCAAUGGAUAUCCAGCAUAGUCCUUUAGGAUUAUGUGACGGAUGUGGAGUAACAAGGUAUUUCUGGUGAAGGAGAACGUGCAAAUAUUUGACCAGCAUCUGGGUGCCUGGGGUUGCUGCUUUGUAAAAACUUGAACAUUUUCCGGACACCGUCCAACACAGUAUAUGUGUGUGUGUGUGUAUAUAUGUUUUUUUAAAUUAACCUUGUUAUUUUCCAGACCAAGCAUGAGGAAAGGGUUAGUGCAAGUUGGGGCUGUAAGUUAUUACUGUUAUUUUUUUUAUUUAUUAUUAUGAGUUCAUAAGUGUUCUGAGCAGGUUAUAAAUCUUAGAAUAAGUAGUGCUGCAGUAAUUUCAUUCAGGUUCAGUUGCCAUGUAGUACUAUACUCUACCUUGGGAAGACUAGGUCGCCGUCCUAACAAACACAAUCAUCGUGUCUGUGAUAAUGGUCUGACAGUCAGGCCACUCAACAUGGAUUAUUGACCUGAGUUAUUGAUUACAAGAACACAAACACACCUCUGUGGUGAAAGUCCCAUGUAAACAUGAUGAUUAAUCAGUGACAGGAAAAACACUGUAACAACGUAUUACAUAAUCAGUGCGAAAUAUAAAGUAUUUCAAGUGCCAAACAAAUAUAUUGUGUAGUAGUGGUACUGGAUUAUGUUAUACUGUAUAUUUACUUGCAUAUUUCCUGUAGCUCAACAACAAUUAACAAAUAAUAUAAACCCUAUUGCUGCAGCUCAGAAGAGAACGACAGAUCAACAAAGAAAAGAAGGAAGUGCUUUAUUUCCUUAUUUCCUUAUUACAUUGAGUAUACGACUUCAAUUAAGAUUUGACUGGAACAAAGGUUCAGUUGUAAAUCCAAAAGUCCAAAGAGGAAUGUGGUUUAAUCUUUCAGAAUAAUACAUGUGUAAUAAUGUAAUAUAUUUCAAGGUUAUAGUGCAGCAAAGCAAUUUAGAAUUUUUACUAGUUAACCAGACGUACAACAGUCCUGGGUGAAAAAGGGAUAGAGGGGUACAAUUGUUUGAAACGUUGUUUGAAAAAUGAAACUUAAAAUAUACAGUAGAAAGAGUUUGAAACGUUGUCAUUUAUUAGCUGCAACUAAAUUAGCCUAACAUGAAGAAAUGAUUGGACAAAAAUACCCACAAAAAAUAACAUUUUUAGAAGUCAUUUGUUACAAAAAUGUAUUAAACAGCUUCCAACUCUACAGAUUUAAUUCAAAUAUGUCGACAUAGGUUGACCGUGAUCUCAAACAAAGUACAGUAGAACCAAAGACAGAUGUAUGAUGAAUUACUGUAUUAAUGUUUUUUUCUCUUAAGAAUCCUUUCUUAAAACUCAACUGUAUUUCCAUGAAGGAUGUCUACACAGGUGACAUUUGUAACAGAAUCGAAGAUAUUUGCACGUUUCCAAAAAAAUGUAUCUUUAUAUUUUAGUGACAAUGACAUCAUACUUCUGGUUGGAAUAAAAAAAGUCACCCUA